UUACGCUGCAAAAAUAAACGAAACGGUUCGCCUUCAACAUCUUUUUCCAAUUCACAUCCAGUUUCUUUUCUCAAUGCAAACCCUUCAAUUCUCAUCCUCUCUCCUUUUAUACCUCAACCACGAAGCCAACACAACUUUCGAAUGCAAAUCGACGGCAUGUUGCCUCACCGGUCGGAGAUACCGCCGGAAUAAUUUAAUAUCCGGCAUUAGGUAAACACAACCCAUCUCUCUCUCCAUUUAACAUUAGGUCGAACUUUUCCCCCAUUUCCUCCAUGAUCGUCUUCCUUGCCCCUCUUUCCCUCAUUUCCCGCAAAGAUGUCUAUCUCAAUCACUACAUCACCGUUGGAAAUUUAUGUGCUUCAGUAGAAGAGUGGACAGUUGGUAGAACCGAACUCACCUCACUCAUGGAUGUGGAGAGGAGAUAUGUUUGGCGGCAAUCAAUGGAAAGUUCGACUGGAUCAAUAUCAUCACUAUCUGCUGGAUUGGGACCUAGCGAAUAUGUGAGCGGAUGCAGUAAAACUUCUUUGAUAGUGGUUUUGACUCUCAUUCAUCACUUAUUUGCUGCUCAUGGUUUCACUUAUUGCAUAAGAGCAGAAGAGAGUGCAGAAGAAUGUUUUGCUAAUGGUAUGGACUCAUUUCUAUCAAAACCUUUGUGUGCAUGAAGAUGACGACAAAUGCUUUGUGAGAGAAUGCAGAAGAAUGUUUUGCUAAUGUAUCAAAA